UCGACGCCAAUGGAAUAACAACUGUUAAAGUAACAGACAUCAGGUCUCUGCGCUCGGAGUCAUUUAAGGUAGAAAAUGACAGGGGCAGACUGAGUUGUGAAGAAAUUGAUCGCAUGGUAAAGGAAGCUGAAAAAGAGAAAACGAGUUCUACACCAGUGCUCAUGCCAAGGACCUCAAAACUGCCUGCCUUGCCAGCAGGAUAUGCAGAAAAAGCUUCUGAUGUCAACACUUAUGGUAUUGGAUCUUCUGUCAGUAGUGUUCUAAAGGAGACCCCACGACUGAAUAUAUCUUCACUACAAGCCAUGUUUAAUAUUCAAGAGAACAAUUUAUGGAAACUUGGUGCGAAUUUGGAGGAGACUUUUGGAAUUGACAUAACAAAAUGCAUGGAUAUUCUGCAAGGAGCAGGAUUAAAUUCACUUGGGAAGAAGGUUGGCGAUGAGGUCCUGGAAUUGAUAUCAUCAGCUCUAGCCCUGCUCCUCAUCCACAAAAUAAUUGUUCCCGAGUUAUUUCCCUUAGACUUUUCUAAUCAGCUCAGUCUUUUGACUGCCUUUGUGAAAGCGGUAAAUAAACUCCAGAAAAUGAAGAUUGAUGGUGGGUUUUUAGAGGAAAGGCUAAAGGUCUCCAUGGAAACAUACAUUGCCAAGAGACAGAAAUACGACUGGGUGUGUGAUAUGUUGGAAUUAGGUCAUACGUAUGAAGAGGUGGCCAGUAAAAUGCUGGGGUAUACGUCAUCUCUGGAAACAAAGGCCCCUCUUUACAUAGAGGUUAAACUCUGAAGGAUGAAUGAGAUUCCUGCUAUUGUGAUAAAAAGGAUUUAUUCUAGAAUCUACAAUAAUGUAUUAAGAAAUGUUUUUCAAAUUUUGUUUACUAGUUAGUAGUAUUUUUUCUAUUAAUGAUUUUUUGUGGUCUGUUAUUUGCAUAUUGAUGUGAGAUUAACCAUCAUAAAUGUCAAUACAAAUUGUUGAUCUAUUUCAGUGAUUUAAUUUUUUUUUGUAAGUGGGGUAUGCUAA